UACUUUGGAUCACGUGCUCGGGGAGAGAGACUAAGACGGAUAACGCGUCAUCUCGCCUUCCCAAAUUUUUCCCCCCUCGCUAGACUGGGUCCAAAACCUCCAUCUAGAGCAAGCAGAAAAGGAGAACGAUGUUUAACUCGGUUAACCUGGGUAACUUCUGUUCGCCGUCGCGCAAAGAGAGGGGCGCUGAUUUCGGCGAAAGAGGGAGCUGCACCUCCAAUCUCUAUCUGCCCAGCUGCACUUACUACGUGCCCGAGUUCUCCACCGUCUCUUCUUUCCUGCCCCAGGCCCCCUCUCGCCAGAUCUCCUACCCUUACUCCACCCAAGUGCCCCCAGUCCGGGAGGUCUCCUAUGGCCUGGAGACCUCGGGGAAAUGGCAUCACAGAAACAGCUACUCUUCCUGCUACGCUGCGGACGAGCUCAUGCACAGGGAAUGCCUCCCUCCUUCCACCGUGACCGAGAUCCUCAUGAAAAACGAAGGCUCCUACGGCAGCCACCACCACCCCAGCGCCCCCCACCCGGGCCCCGGCUUCUAUUCGUCAGUCAACAAGAACAGCGUCCUGCCCCAAGCCUUCGACCGAUUCUUCGACAAUGCCUACUGUGGGAGCGACGGGCCGGCCGAACCCCCGUGCGUGGGCAAGGGAGAAGGCAAAGGGGAACCCGAUCCCCCCCAGCCCGGGGUCCUAGCUCCCCGGCCCGAGUCCGGCGGAGACCCGGAGGACGAGGAGGAGAACACUAACCCCAGCUCAUCCGGCUCGUCCCACUCAGCCAGCAAAGAGGCUAGCAAGGGAACCAGUUCCAACGCCCCCCGCACCCGAAAGAAGCGCUGCCCUUAUUCGAAAUUCCAGAUCCGGGAACUGGAGAGAGAAUUUUUCUUCAAUGUCUAUAUCAACAAAGAGAAGCGGCUGCAGCUGUCCCGGAUGCUGAAUCUGACAGAUCGACAAGUGAAGAUUUGGUUUCAGAACAGAAGAAUGAAAGAGAAAAAACUGAGCAGAGAUCGGCUGCAAUAUUUUUCUGGGAACCCUCUACUGUAAACCUUGGACUGGGCUCUACUGUAAACCUUGAACUGGGAGGGGGAGGUCAGGGGAGAGAGGAAGGUGUGAGGUUAUUUUAUUUUAUUUUAUUUUUAUUUUUAUUAUUUUUUCUAACUCGCCUUCUCUCUGCGGGUGGAAAACUGGACUAUGUCAACUGGUGGGAGGCUUUGGGGUUCCCCAGUUCUCCCAUCCCUCCUUUCAGUCUCUCCCCAGGACUAUCUGUCUCCACAUUUCGUCUGUGACUGUCGCUGUGGAUGUCAGGGAUUUUGUGUAUGGGGGAGUGGGGUGAUCAAUCGCCAUUGGAAAUCUUCUCUGGCCAAGAUGAAAACUCUUUAUUUAAAAAGCAAAAGCAAAGCAAAACCACACCACACAACAAUUUAUUCUAAUAGUUGGAUUUGGAUGGGGAGUAGGAAAGGGGUAGUGGGCGUUUCAGUCCAACCUGAUACUAGUAAUAAUGCCUUUCCCCAUUUCCAGUGAGAAAAAACCUGAUAACGUCCCCUGUCUGAGAACUAGAGAGCCUCCAAACCUCCUCCAGCCCCUCCCCAAUUUCUUUCCACCUCCUAACAAGGGUGGGAUGGGGGGGGGGAGCAGCAAUUUGACCCUGCCAUGUGUGAAAUUCAUGUACCUUCAAUUUGGUGUUAGGUGUGCAGAGUCUGUGUCCUACCUCCGUCUGCACCUAGGUGCACAGCUGUGAACCUAUGGAGCUGUCUUCUCCUGUACAGAUGUUGAGCCCUCUUUUCUGGUGCGAUAUUCCUGACAUUUUCUCCCAAACUUUCCUUUCUUCCUUCCCAGGUCUUUUACAUCUAUAUAU